GUGGAUGACACGGCCGGCCUUGCUCUCCACCACCGCCACCACCUUCACCACCACCACCACCACCACUUCUAUCAUCACCAUUACAACUACUGCCACGACCACCACCACAGGUUGGUGUCCUCGCAGAGCUACAGGUGGACGUACUGUACAGGACCGCGUCGAGGCAAAGGAUGAUCUACCCAAAAAGGUUCGAGCGGAGGAGGCGCCGACCCCCUACACCACCUACGACCCUGGCAUGGUGUCCUACAUGUGGCGGUGCCCGCCCAUGGUGCCCCCAUGGACUGCGGCCCCGUUGGUCACCCGGGACGGCAAAGCGCUGCCCCCGCCACCCCCGGGCUUCGUCAGGGACAGCGUGCCAGCACCUUUGCCAGCGUACCUCAGCCAGGGCCCGCCCAUCCUGGCCGAUCCCGGACGUGUGGUGCCGCUGUCUGACUCCCAAAAGUUCGAGCGUCACUACCAGCCCAAUGUGGCUCUCGCGCCUCCCAAGGUCAGGGACAAAACGAUCCGCAACUCACUGCCGCACUCAGACCACUGCCACGACGUCUCGCACCCUGCCAAGCUCCCACACUAUGCGGUUGGGAGAACAGUUGAAGAGUGUAUCAAACGUGAGAGCUCCCCCACUCCACUGCCAUGCUCCCAGUCCUCCACUCAACACUCCGUCGUCAGCAAACUCACCCAAACCAACCACCCUCACCCUCACCAUCUUCACCACAUCCCGAGGAAGCUUUGCAGUCCAGACACCAGUGGACGGCACCCAGAGCUGGAGCUCUCCACAACUGAUUCAGACACAGAUUCUGUGGGAUCUUUAGCCAAUCACAGUGAGACUGUGGAGGAAGCGGAAGGGCUGUUGCGGGGAUGGUCUGACAGAGCAGCUGCAAAUAAGAUGGCACAACUAGUGGCCGACCUGGUGGGCGAACUUGCUGCCAGCAACCGGCAAAAGGCAGCUCUUAAGCAGCGUCUGGAGGCACAGACUCGUGACCACAAUCACACUGUUGCCACUCUACAAAGCCAAAUCAUGGCAUCUACUCAACAUAGCAAAGAUGAGAGUCAACUGCGUGAGAAGGUGUGUGUGAUGGAGGAGGAGCUGUGUGCCCUACGGGAGGAGCUGCGAUCCCGCCCCACCCACUCUGUGAUAACUCCCAUCUCCCCUGUGAAGACAGAGCCCAGUGAAGUCACUGACACAUGUUAGGCUGCCACUUCAGCACUGGCUCAUGUCGUCUCCAGUACCACAGUACAAAUGUGGCGCUGAAGUGCCGCCCGGGCUCCCUGCUACUGUUGCUGCUAACGCUGCCGCCGGGCACCUGGGCCCAGGCCGCUGCUGCGGACCCGUGGCUGGUGUGGCUGCGGGUGGCCGCCCCUCACCAGCUUCACGCCUCUGACUCUCAUUGUCAGGUGGGUGGAGGCCGCGCCAUGAUCUCAGCCCGUACUCACCGCACGGGUCUCACUUGGUGCUACGCCACAGCCGCGUGUCGGGCGGUGCCACGAGCCGUACAUGGUGCUCAUGUACAGAAGUGUACAGAGGCUCUGUGGCGAUGCCCGGCACCAGGAUGCUCUGGGGGCCUAAGAGGGGUGUACAGCCCCUGAGGGCCUAGGAAAAGCAAGUACAAACGCAUAAGUUAACGAAUCUGCUUUGUUGGGAAGGUUUAUUGUAAAAAUAUAAAUAUUAUAUAAAAGGUUUACUUUAUGGUAAGCCAACUGCCUGGUGAGCGGCAGGGGUAGUAUGGGAGGCUGGCUCACUAACACGUCUGCUCUGCUACUCCUGCCGCCAACCCUCAGCCACGCACGCGUGCACCAGCCCAGUGAUGACUGUCCCCGCAUCAGCUAUGCAGUGUUGAAUCGAGUCAGAUGUUGCUUCAAGCAUCUCACGUUGGUGGAGCCCCUGCAGAGUGCCGUGACUGCUGACCCACAAAACUGGCGUACCUGCCCAUAAAAAUUGUUGCCACUUGAAGAGAUUUAUAGUUGUAUUAUUGAGGGUUUGUGGUCAUGGCACCCUCUGAGGCUGCUUAUUUGUGUUCAUCUAUGUAACUAGUUAAUUAUUGAUAUGUGUAAUGAUUAAAUCUUACACUUUUAUGUUAUUUAUAAUUCUCUUCUAUGGUAGUACACAUGGAGCCGUGCGUGGAGGGCAGAGCGUUCCUCUGCCCACCCUCACACACCUGGCCUGGCGGUCCGUGCCAAGUUCAUCUUGCCUCCUAACUUACCUGUCAUUUGUUUUUAAUGAGUACAUAAGGUUAUUUAGGUGACUCAUCAAGCAAAGCUUGGUCUAGGAUUUAUUAUUUUUGGUAGAACUGCCCCCCCCCCCCUUCCUCCCCUUUUCCCUCCCUCCCACUCCCAUGGCAGUUGUGAGCAGCUGGUCAUGGCCCUUGUGUUUUAGCUGCUAGUGUGGACUGCCUCACCCCCAACUCAGCACCCCCUGUGGUGGAGGCCAGUGGGCAGGUGAUGAAAGGUGUGUCAGCCAGGGAGCAGCAUGAGGGAGAUGUGUAGUGGACAUGUGAUGUUCAUGGCAUGAGAUGCCUGGUUGGCUCAGAGCCCUGCACCUCCUCCCCUUGUGUGGCACUGCUGCCAGGCAGUGUCACUCAGCGGCACCAGCAGGCCACACUACAGUCAGCCCUGCAGAUGUGACAACUUUCAAAAGCCUGAAUUGUUUGUUAUACUCAGUGGGUGGCACUCUAAAAUAAAUUGUGUCCAAAGAA